GCACUUGAGGUCUAUAGCUAGCAUCACAUUAUCUCUUACUUAAUUACAGCGCCCUUACGGAUGACUGUAGGUUUGGGGAGAUAUUACAUGUUAGUGUGAGUGUCGUUAAAGAAAGAAGCCAGGGGAUAAAAAAAGCGUCUAUAUGGUUCUGAAAUGCGUCUUUGUUCUUUUAUGGGCAGAGUGGGCCACACAAGCUGUCAAUCUUUAAAAAGCGCUCAUGAUGGAUCACUGAAUUUCCCUCUCUCUCCACAACACUGUCUGAUUCAGAGGAGUCCGUCUGCAGGAUUCAUGUUGUCUAAAGCCUGGAGAAAUAGUUUGGUAAUAAGCCAACACACACACACACACACACACACACACACACACACACACACACACACACACACACACACACACACACGGACCAAACUUAGAUUUAGAUAAACACAUGAGCGAGUUUUCAUACAUUUUUGUAUUUCACUGAGAAUUAAGGGAACUGGGGGACAAAUGACAAAUAAUAAAACAACAAAUAGGCAAUACAUUUAAAGUUAAAACAUUUGAUUUUGAAAUUAAUAUAUUGUAUUAUUGCUUGAAGUUUGGUCAAAAGAAUAAUUUUCCAGUCUGUGUAGUAACUUUUGAUCAUUUUAAAAAUACAAUAAUAAUAAUAAUAAUAAUAAUGAAUGAUGUGUGCACUAAUCUCUGGUCUAUGGAAGCCAGUGUUAUUAUUAUACGAAACACACAUUAUUAUUAUCAUUAUUAUUAUUAUUAUGUUAGACAUAGAUUGGAAUUAUUUUUUACUGUCAUAAAUUUGUCAUUCUCAGCUCCUCUAACGCUGCAGCCUGAAAAUGUAUCCUGAUGUUUGUGUUCUUAUCAGAUGGAUGAGCGAGUUUGAUUGAAGCAUUUGUCAUGUAAAUGCGAGCCGUUUGAUGGACGAGCCUACAGACUUGACAGAGUGCUGUUGGUCCCUUGCCAUUGGCGUUUGACGGGUCACAUGGUGUGUCAGGAAGGUGAUAUGAGAGUGGAAGGCAGUUUUACAGCUUUGACAUACUACCUAGAAGGUUAGGGCACAAGGAGCACCGAUUAUUGACUGCUCCGUCUUGAUCAGUUCUGAACAAACAAACAAACAAACAAAAAAAAAAAAGCCAAAAAAAAAAAAACAAACCCUGCGAGGUCCAGGAUGAACUCUUACUUAGAUUACCCCGUGUGCAACCGGGGAGCAAAUAUCUUCAGUGCCAAGGCUGGAUACCACAAUUUAAACCACGGAUACAUGUCGUCCAACUCGUGCGCAACAAGUGAUAGUUACGCACCGGACGGCCGCUUAGUUGCUGCAACUUCUGGGCCCCACCAGACUCCGAGCCUCCCUCUGCACCACCAGACACACGUCAACUUGGAUCUGCAUUUUUCAACACCGGGGAACUCCAUGUAUGGGUCACCCCUGGACUACGGACACCACCAGUACGGCCUAGCCUCCGAGCAGGACCGGAACUUCAUUCAUGCGCAAGUUUCACCCCUUGGGACAAACAUGGCCCCUUACACCGGGGAUAAUUGUGGGCCUGGAGUUGCAGCGGGCGGCCAGUAUCUGCAUUUCGGCAACGGAGACCAGAGGCAGCAAGAGUAUUCAGAGAGUGUUUACACAAGGUUACCGCCCCAGAAUAAGGAGAAGGAUUUGGAGCAUGUGGAGGAAACUUCGAAAACAUUCGACUGGAUGAAAGUGAAGAGGAAUCCUCCUAAAACAGCGGUCCUGUCCGAGUUCGGGGUUCCGGGCCAGCACAACGUGAUCCGCACCAACUUCACCACCAAGCAGCUGACCGAGCUGGAGAAGGAGUUCCACUUCAACAAAUACCUGACGCGGGCACGGCGGGUGGAGGUCGCCGCCAGUCUGGAGCUCAACGAGACGCAGGUGAAGAUCUGGUUCCAGAACCGCAGGAUGAAGCAGAAGAAACGUGAGAAACUGGGCAGCGCUCUGGUCAGCAACACUCCGGCACCUGCGGAGAAACUCUCCGGUCCUGACACUUCUCCAAAGGCGAAGGGGAAAGACUGAAGCAGAACGUGACUUUUAAAAAAAAAAAAAAGAUAAAAUAUCUGUGACUGUGGGGCCUGAGCAGUUCUCCACAUCGUUCCCUCAUUCCAGAAAAGAAACUGUGAAACAUGCUUUUGGACUUGUGAAGUAUAAACAGGGUCUGUGCUUACUGGGCACUGAUUUCUGAAACCGAAUGCUGAGAAAGUUUUAAAAAAAAAAAGUCUUUUCAUCCAUUCUUGUAUUUUGUAACCUUCCUAUCAUAAGCCCACGCUUUGUUUUGUGUUGGAGCACUGAAGUACUCAGUGUCAUUGUUUGCACUAUUUAUUUACAGGGUAUUUUCCAACAAUUGUUGAGAUGAUUUAGCUUAAUAAAGUUUAUAAAAUGAAAAUUAAAAAA